CUCAGGGGAAGCUCCGGCUCCCUUCGGACUGUGAGGUGUUUUCUCGGCUCUCCUGUAGGUCGUGUUGUGCUUCAGGGCUGCGGGCAGGACCCUUUGGGGCAGUUUGUUCCUCACUGCUUUGGUUUGGCUCCGUUUGCUCCCGGGAUAACGCCGAGGGGGCCGUGCUGGGCUGGGCCGUGCUGGGCCGAGCCCGCUCCCGGCUCUGAUCGCCGGCGCAGCUGAAAUCGCUGCCCCCCGGGGGCUCCCUCAUGACGGGAGAAAUUCCGCCGAGUCCGCGUUCAGAACGCUCCCAACACAAUCUAUUUGUCCCAGCUUGUUUUUCACGGCAAUAAAACUGCCUGGCGUGCUGCUGUAUUAAACUGCUCCAACCAUCUGUGACCGGCCCUGGAUCAGAAAUUCCAUUUCAGCCGUUAGCAUUUAUAUAUUAUGGAUUGUGCUGCUUCCCUGCUUCUCAGCCCCCUCCACGGACCCACCCUCCGGGGCUGGGGGAGCUUCCCGGCUCUUUUGGGUGUAGAUGGAACGUGAGAGACCCCCCGAGUCCCUGAUGCUGACACGGACACUGAAAAACCCAUUGAAAAACCACCUGGGUCACAGGAUGCUAAUGGAGGAAAAGCAGCUCUUGUUCGCUUCCAUUAAAAAAAAAAAUCCCUAAUCUGAUGGCCCAGCAUAUGCUCAGCUGCCCAAAAAAAGGGGAAUUAGGGCGGCAGGGAACAAAACGUGUCAGCAGUGAGACAAUUGGGAGCGAGUUCCUUUUUUAUUGGCGGAGUUCAAAUAGGUCACGACCAAAAUGCCUCGGUGGGAAAUCUCCUGAUGGGAGAUUAAAUUCCUUUGGCAAAUCAAACUCCGGCUGGGAUGCAGAUGGGAUCAGCCUGGCCCGCCUGCACCCUGCUGGAGCCACAACUUGGAUUUUGGGAAGUGCUUACUUGGGAUGAGGUUCCCAGUGUCCUAAAGGAAACAGGAAAAGCAGAGUGGAGCUGCAGGAAAAGCCUUUCUGGGGUCUCUUUGAAGCUCUCGGUGUCCCCAGAGCUGUGGGACCGCCUGUCCGUGCCAGGACAAGGACAAGGCCAGCAGGUCGUGGUGCACAGCGUGGUUUGGGCACAGGGACACUGGGUUUGGGACAGCCGAGGGCACCCUGGGGUGCUGCUGGGACCCAGCCAGGGCGGGCUGUGGCCGCUCCGGGGCAGAUGAAUCCUCAGUGGGCAGGGAGGUGGCAGGAGGGUGACCCUCUCCCGAAGCUCCGGGGGCUCUGGGCUGUCCCCGGGGGUGGCAGGGUGCCGGGGAAGGGCUGAGGGGGCUCCAGCCCCGUGCUCAGCCUGCCUGCCCGCAGGAAAGGCACCUCCUGUCCUGGUGACGGCGACAAUGGUCCCACCUGCCCUGGGUGAGGGUUGUGGAGGCUCCAGCCAGGGGAGAGCGGGGCUGGCACAGCUCCCUGCUGCUGCUGCGGGCUCAGCGAGCUCUGCUCCUGCACGAGGGGCUGGAGGCUCGGCAGCCCCGGGGCUCUGACCCUGUCCCACACACGGCUGGACGAGGUUUGGGCAUUUGAGGUUCAGAAUUCCUGUUCUGGGGUAAAGCCUGCAGGAGUUUUCUCUCCUGGAUUUUAGCAUCUGGCUGGACCAGCAGAGCUCUUCAGGGCUGGCAGUGGUUUCCACAGCACAGUUAGAUAUAAUCCAAAUGUAGCUCAGUGUUUUAAUCCACUCUGGGACGUGUUUUUCUGCACAACUGCCAAACCCAAGGUCAGGUCUGUACUGGUUGUUUUGGGGCCAAACCGUACGUUUUUCAUGUCUCCUUCCUUUGUUCCUACCUGGGGACUGUGUGUGAUGUUGGCAGCUCGGGGAGCCUCACAUCCUCCUCAUCAAACACCAGCCAUGAGCUUAAAGAUGGCGUUAUUUAAAUCAAAGAAGGGGUUUCUCUUUUGUUCUACUGAAAGGCACUGGGGUUACCCUGGGGUAAAGGAUGCUCCGGUGAGGCUUUGGGCCCGGGACUCUGCUCCUGAGCCUGACCUUGGCAGCUCCUGCCCAAAACCCCCGGUGCCGUUUGCCUUUAAGGUUCCUCACCCCUUCCUGCAGCACGUAAUUUAAACACCAGCACUUUAGAAGGCAACUAAUUAGCAGCAGGGAGGCAUCCCCCCGGAGUUGGGCGCCGCGCCGUGCCCUCCUUUCCGAGGAGCGGCGAGCUCCAGCUGGAAAUCCCAGCACAGGAUUUUUGGGGAGAGACGGAGGGGAGGGCACGGCUGGCACCGGAGCCGGGCACACGGCAGCGGGGGCUCUCGGCCGAUGCUGCAGCGGCCCCGGGGGCUGCAGCGGGGCCGAGCCGGGCCGAGCCGUGCCGAGCCGGGCGCAGGUGUCGCUCCCCGGGCACGGCGGGGGUGCCACAGGCGGGGCGGCAGCGGCUGGCGUGCUGGGCGUGAGCCGAGCCUGGGGCUCAGCUGCAUGAGCAUCUGAGGCGUCUCCCCUUUGUUCCCGCCGCACCCCGACAAAUGGGAAAGGACCGGAGUUUCUCCCGGCAUUUUCGGAUUUUCAUCCCCAAGAAGCACCGGCAGCGCUUUGACGAGGUGGUGUCGCAGAGCCUCAUCAGCAAGCUGUGCCGCUCCAGGAGCGAGCACGGCAGCCGCCUGCGCCGCAGCCGCAGCGAGGACCAGCAGGAGCGGCUGCUCGUGUCCACCCGCGCCAGCUCCGUGCCCCGCAGCCACGAGGAGCUCAGCAAGAGCCUCCGCAAGAGCGCCUCGCUCCUCAGCAGCAAUGCGGCCUCGGGGGCGGCCCGCAGGACUGUGCGAGUUUAUAAAGGCAACAGGAGCUUCGGCUUCACGCUCCGCGGGCACGCCCCGGUGUGGAUCGAGUCUGUCCUGCCAGGGAGCCCGGCGGAGAAGGCUGCCCUCAAAGCUGGAGACAGGAUCCUGUUCCUCAACGGCCUGGACAUGAGGAACUGCUCCCACGACAAGGUGGUGUCGAUGCUGCAGGGCAGCGGGGCCAUGCCCACCUUGGUGGUGGAAGAGGGCAUCGUCAGCUUCCCCAGCGACUCUGACUCUGCCGAGUGCCCGAGCAGCUCCUCGGCCCUCACCUCCCUGCAGUGGGUUGCAGAGAUCCUCCCCUGUAGCAUCAAGGUCCAGGGGAGGACGUUCCCGCAGCAGCUGGAGCACCUGCUGACCCCGCCCGAGCGUUUCUCCGUCUGCAGGGCCCUGGAGGGCUUCUUCCAGCACCGGAACAUUGACACUCUCAUUGUGGAUGUGUACCCGGUGCUGGACACACCAGCCAAGCAAGUCCUCUGGCAGUUUAUCUACCAGCUGCUGAGCUACGAGGAGCAGGAGCACUGCCAGCAAAAGCUGGACAGGUUUCUGGGGUGCAAGGCCUUGGCAGCCGAGGCAGAGGCUGAGGAUCGGUACCGAGGCAGCUCCGUCCGCGGUGCCUCCCUGUGCCGGGGCAGCCUGCGGAGCCCCCGGCCCGAGGAGGGGGCAGCAGGCAGUGACACCGUGGAGGUCCCCGUUCGCCUCAUCCCUGGAGAGAGGCAGGCUGGUGAUGGCACGUCCCUCCCGGAGACACCCAACCCCAAAAUGAUGUCGGCCGUGUACGCGGAGCUGGAGAACCGCCUGAUCGGCGGCUUUGCGGGCAAGGUGGGCAACGCUGCCCUGCACAGGACAUCGCCCCCCGCCCCCGAGCUGCCCCACGCUGCAGGUGGCCGCAAGCCGGGGCUGGCGUGGCCGAGCGAGCUGGCGAGCCAGCCCUGCUACUACCGGCUGCACAGCAGCGUGGCCUCGCCGUGCAGCACCGAGUCCAACCCCUACGUCAGCCUGGACAGCAGCCCGGCCCCGUCGCCCAAGCACCGCCAGUACUCGCCGCUGUCGCGGCGCAAGAAGCUCUUCACCUUCUCCAGGCCCCCGCGCAGCCGCGACACCGACCGCUUCCUGGACGCCCUCAGCGAGCAGCUGGGACACCGCGUCACCAUCGUGGAUGACUUCCUCACCCCCGAGAACGACUACGAGGAGAUGAGUUUCCAGGACGACCAGGGCAGCUACGUCACCAACGAUGUCAGCAGCAGCGAGUACAUCAGCAGCAGCGACGAGGGCAGCUCCCUGACCUACUCCACGCUCUCGGACCACAUCCCCCCGCCCCCGCUCAGCCCCCCGCCCCCGCCGCCCCCCCUGCAGUUCCACGACCCCCAGGGCGGCCCCACCAAGGCUGAGGCCACCAAGGCCAGCGCGGCCCCGGCCCCCAAGUCCCUGGUGGGCCACCUGCACCCCGUGCCCCCGCCGCCCCCGCCGCCCCCGCCGCCCCCCGUGCCCUGCGCCCCCCCCCUGCACCGGGGGCUGCUGCACCGCCGCAGCGACUGCAACCACAUGAGCGUCAAGAGGCUGCGCUGGGAGCAGGUGGAGAACUCGGAGGGCACCAUCUGGGGGCAGCUCGGGGAAGACUCGGAUUACGACAAGCUGAGUGAUAUGGUCAAAUACCUCGACCUGGAGCUGCACUUUGGGACUCAGAAGCCCACGAAGCCAACCCUCAUGCCUGAAAACUUUAAAAAGAAAGACGUGGUUGAAAUUUUGUCCCACAAAAAGGCCUACAACACAUCCAUCCUGAUCGCCCACCUGAAGCUGUCGCACGUGGAGCUGCGGCAGAUCCUGAUGACGAUGGAGACGGAUCGCCUGGAGCCGUCCCACAUCAAGCAGCUCCUGCUCUACGCCCCGGACGGGGACGAGGUGCAGCGCUUCCAGAGCUACACGGAGAGCCCCGGCAAGCUGAGCGAGCCCGACCAGUUCGUGCUGCAGAUGCUGUCGGUGCCCGAGUACAAGAUCCGCCUGCGCAGCCUGCACUUCAAGACCACCCUGCAGGAGAAGACCGAGGAGAUCAAAGCCAGCUACGAGUGCAUCUGCAAGGCCUCCCUGGAGCUGAAGAGCAGCAAGAAGCUGGCGAAGAUCCUGGAGUUCGUGCUGGCCAUGGGCAACUACCUGAACAACGGGCAGCCCAAGACCAGCAAAACGACAGGAUUCAAAAUCAACUUCCUGACCGAGCUGAACACCACCAAGACUGUCGAUGGGAAAUCCACCUUCCUGCACAUCCUCGCCAAAUCCCUCAGCCAACACUUCCCAGAGCUCCUGGGCUUCGCCAAGGACCUCCCCACGGUGCCGCUGGCUGCCAAAGUGAACCAGAGGACGCUGACAGCCGAGCUGAAGGACCUGCACAGCACGGUGAGUGACAUCCAGAAGGCGUGUCACAGCAUGCCAGCCACCGCCGAGGACAGGUUUGCCAUCGUCAUGAGCUCCUUCCUGGAGAGCGCCCAGCCUGCCAUGCGCUCCCUGGACGAGCUGCAGCACAAGGCCAUGGAGGAGUUCAGCAAGGUGCUCUCCUUCUUCGGGGAGGACUCCAAGAUGACCACUUCUGAAGCCUUCUUUGGCAUUUUUGCAGAGUUCAUGAGCAAGUUUGAGCGGGCUCUCAGUGACGUGCAGGUGGGCGAGAGCCAGCGCAGCCCCAGGAUGACCUCUCCCCUCGCCUGGUGAUGGCCCGAGGCCACCUGAGGGCUGACAAUUCCUUGCCAACAAAGUGCAAUUUGCUCCUGUCCAGUCUGGUUGUAAAUACGCUGCUGCCACCUGCUACCACCCAGCAGAGCCACAGGGGACACCGAGGAGGCACCGCAGGUGACACGGGGUGACACAGGGUGACACGAAGACAAACCCUGCCUGCUCCUGCUCUGACAGAGCUGCCUCAGCACCCUCCACUCCCAGGGCAUCCCCGAGCCCAGGGUUUUGUGUCCAUCGGGUAAAACCCCACCGUGCCACGUUUCCCAGAGUCCUGUGACCCCCCCCAGCAGCUGCAGAGCCCCCACACCCCCCGGCCCCUGCCCAGCGUGGGGGCUCUGCCCAGGCUGCCAUGGGCUGGGGACAGCCCGGCCUCAGAGCCCUGGGAGCCCAGAGCAGGCCAGCAGGGAGGGAGCGUGGCCACCUCCACUCCCCUGGGACCCUGAGGACGCUGCUGUCCCCUCCCGUCCCUGUCCCUGCCCUUCUGCCCUGGGCAGAGCAGGGGGGCUGGAGCUGCACCUGCCCAAGGGGAGCAGUGGAGCAGAGAGCCCUGCAGGUGCCUGGAAGCCUCAGCUCCCUUCCCCUGGCAGCCAGAGGUGCUGGAAAGCAGCAGGACCUUGCAGACCCCUUCUGGCACAUCCCCGUGGGCCCGAGGAUGGAUCCGGUCUGAUCCUUCCAGCUCACGGGUCCUUCCUGGCCACCAGCUCUGCCCAGAGCUGUGCCAGGGGCUGACGGGCCUUGAAAGCUUCCCAAGGGAGGAACAGCCUGAGCACGAGGUCGUUGGAGCUCGCCAGCAGCCAGCCCUGAGCAUGGGAGCCUCCUUGGAAAGCACAGAGUCCUGGAGAGGAGCAGGAGCCCCCAGAGAGGGCAGGGGCCCUGGGGAAGGCAUCCCUGCCCCGCUGGGCCUGGGGGGGCUGAACAGCCCUGGCAUGUGGCACCUGGGGACAGGGGACAGUGCUGGCUUUGGCAGAGCAGGGCAACAGCCCUGGUGACCUUGGAGGGCUGUCCCAGCCUAGAUGAGUGCACGAUUCCGGGAGCCCCUUUGCUGGAGCGGCAGGUUCCAUGGGGAACAGCCCAGGGAACUGCAGAGGUGUCCAUGGCCACCUCCAGCCGUGCACACCCACAGUGCACACCCACCUCCCAGUGUGCACACCCAGCUCCCACUGUGCACACCCAGCUCCCAGUGUGCACACCAACCUCUUGAUGUGCACACCAACCUCCAGCACAUCCAUCUCCCAGUGUGCACACCCACCUCCAGCCGUGCACACCCACAGUGCACACCCUCCUCCAGCUGUGCACACCCUCCUCCAGCCAUGCACACCCACCUCCAGCUGUGCACACCAACCUCCAGCCAUGCACACCCACCUCCAGCUGUGCACACCCUUCCCUUGAUGUGCACACCCAUGUCUCCCCGUGGCCAGCCCGUCCCUCUCUCCCCGUGGCCCGGCUGUCUCUCAGCUGCCCGGAUCCCCCCCGGUUCCCCCCGUUCUGCCCCGGGCAGGGAGGGACAGCGUUCUGCGGCCAGUGCACCUCCUGCGGGGGCUCCCGAGCUCUCGAUGCUUUGUGAGCAUCCCCUCCGUGCAAAACCCACCCGUGUCCCCUCCGUGCAAAACCCACCCGUGUCCCCCCUGCCCCCCGUGUCCCCCGUGUCCCCCCUGCCCCUCCUGCCCCCCUGUCCCCCCGUGUCCCCCCCGUGUCCCCCCGGCCCCGCAGUGCCCUGCAGGUCCCCCCUGCCCCCGGCCAGCACAAGGGCUCCUCCUGCAGCCGCGGCUCCAGGACGCAAUCACCGACCGGUGCAUUACUUACGGGACACCUCACGCCCCUCAGAUCUCCGGGUUUGGGUAUUUUUUUAAGCCCUGCUGUAGAAAGCGAAGUUUAUUUUCACGUGUUCUCUCCGUUUGUACAGCUCUAAGUGCCAGGUAGUGGGUAGCCUUGUGUUCCCAGAGGUCCAGGACAGGGCCACGCUCCCCCUGCUCCCCUUCCCUUCUGGAUGUUGCACACUGCAUUCCAUUGGUUUUGUUUUUUCCUUUUUUUAAAAAACAUACCCAAUAUUUAAACCACCAGAGGUUCUUUUGAAACUGUCCUGACAGAAGAUGCUGUACAUAGAUUUUGCUACGUGUUGUAACUUUCUGAAAUAGUUAGGACUCCAAUCCCUUUGGUAUUUUUAUGUGAAUAUUUUCAAAGAGCCAGAACUCCUGAUGAUAUGAUUUGAUAAUGGGACAAUGUAUAUUCACAGUUCAGUCUCUGCCCAAUGCCUAUGUGCUAUUCCUAAAAUAAAGCUACUGCCUUCUGCCUCCUGA